CAGCGGAUGUCGUCAGUGUAAUUUAGGAUAUUUAUGUGUUGUACAGCUCAUGUGGCGUCCAGCUAAACGCCAUGUAGUGGUUUAAAAGAUAUUGUAAACCUCAGCGAAGAAACUCUCCAGAAAUGUUUUAGCUUGUCGGUUAUAUGUUGAAGAUAGCGUUAGCUUGUAGGCUGAAGUUAUGUAGCAACUAACUGUAACUUACACAAACACUACGAACUGGAAACGUCGUGAAACACACUAAGCCUCCAUUGUCCAGGUCAAAUAAUGGCUGAUGACCCUCAGAGAAAUUUUCGUUCUGCAUAUUAUGAGAAAGUGGGCUUCAGAGGAGUGGAGGAGAAGAAAUCACUGGAGAUAUUGCUCAAGGAUAAUCCUCUGGAUCUAGAGAAGCUGAGCACCUUCAGUCAGAGGUUCCCCCUCCCCUCCAUGUAUAGGAUUCAUGUGUGGAAGGUACUGUUGGGCAUCCUGCCUCCCCACAGUGACUCGCAUGCUCUGGUUGGAGGCUACAGAAAGGAGCAGUAUCAGGAUAUCUUUGAGGCCCUGGAGGUGAUGAGGUACAUCAACUCCUCCACACCUUCCACCCACGUCUACCUGCGCAUGUUCCAGCUGGAGAGCCAGGUCCUCCCACGGUGCUCCGAGACCUCGCCCCCAGAUGAGGAGAAUGAAGACUUCCUGUCCAUCGGCCGAGCCAUGGAAGAGAUUGUAGAUGAUCCUGUUGACUGUUAUUGGCUGAUCAAGUGUUUUGUAAAUCAGUUCCACACAAAGUUUGGAGAUUCAAUACCACACCUUCCAAAGAGCCUGGAGCAUUAUCUGAGUCAGGAGGAACCUCGACUUCUAAACCAUCUGAAGAACACAGGGGCCCUGGCUCAGCUACCCUACAGCCUCUGGUUCAGACGCUGCUUCGCUGGCUGCCUGCCUGAAUCGAGCCUGCAGAGGGUGUGGGACAAGGUGAUCAGUGGCUCGUGUAAGAUCUUGGUGUUUGUGGCCCUGGAGAUCCUGCUCAGCUAUAAGAUCAUAUUGAUGGGCAUCAACCGUUCAGAGGGUGUGGUCAAGUUCUUGUGCAAUAUACCGCAGGAAAACACAGACGCUAUUGUGACUAAAGCCAUUGACUUGUGGCACAAGUAUUGUGGCACUCCAAUGCAUGCUGUAUAGCCACAUUAAGCCAGACAAGGACAAUAUCUGGGGCAAAGGUGAGAUGCUUUCUCAGAAUCCACCAGAAGUCCACAAAGAGACUGUGUCGUUGACCAUCCAUUGGGCUUCGUCUCUGCAUGACUGAACUGGAAACUCAUCGCAGGUGACUACUGAUAAGCAAGAGGACACUGGAGCCACUUUUCACAUUGACAAGUCGACUUCCAGCUUUCCCCUGAGGACAUUCAAUCUGUACUGGGAAAGAGACUUGAGUUGACAUGAGCACUGUAAACAACUACUGCACAGAGUGGAUGAUGAGCUGUUCAUUGAAGCAUGUGUGUGAAUUUCACAUGGAACCUGUUUGUAAAAAGACAAGGAAGCACAAACUUAUUUUUUUUAAUAAGUUUCUUUCUUUAAGAAACUGCAUACAUCAUAGAAGACUCACAAUAAAUUAAUACCCACAUGCAGUUUUUCUGCUUUACAAAAAACAUUUGAAAAGCCUCUUACUUUCUAUGUACAUCCUCUUAGUAUUCUGAGAAUAUCUUUCUCUCAAAACAUUUUUAAAUGUACAAGUGACAGUAACAUUACUGAUUCUUGUACACAACCAUACACACACACAUACUUUCACACACACUAUCAUAAUACACACUCAACAGAGCAACACGUUCUCCUCAAUUAUAUGGUCAAAACUGCCAAAUCAUGGACCCAGUAUGAACCAUUUCCUUAUUUUGUACCAUAAAAGACCCCACAAUAAACAAUGAAGUACAAAAAAAAAAAAA